AUGGCUGCGGAACCAGCGGCGCUGAGCGCGCGCUACUUUGAUGAUCGUUAUGGCCCCGAGCAUCCUCGCAACCUGAUUCCCGAGUUGUGCCGACUUUUUUACCGCAAUGGCUGGGUCACCGGCACGGGUGGUGGCAUUUCCAUCAAGCACGAGGGAAAAAUUUACAUUGCUCCCAGUGGUGUUCAAAAGGAGCGCAUCGAGCCGGCAGACUUUUUCGUGACCGAUGAAGCGGGCACCGUGCUGGAGACGCCGCCGGCCGACAAGAUGCUCAAAAUGUCCGAGUGCACGCCGCUGUUUAUGAAUGCCUUUACCAUGCGCAAGGCCGGGGCCUGCCUGCAUUCCCACUCACCCAACGCCGUAUUGGCCACCAUGCUCUGCGACAAGGAGCUUCGCAUCACCAAUAUUGAAAUGAUCAAGGGCAUCCGCAAGGCCAGUACUGGACAAAGCUAUGGCUACUACGACACGCUUGUCAUCCCCAUCAUCGAGAACACUGCGCGCGAGGCUGAAUUGCAGAGUCGCAUGGCUGCCUGCAUGGAAGAGUACCCCGACACCUGUGCGGUGCUGGUGCGACGCCAUGGCGUUUAUGUCUGGGGUGAUACCUGGCAAAAGGCCAAGGGCAUGGUGGAGUGCUACGACUACCUCUUUGAGAUGUUCAUCCGCAUGAAGCAGCUCGGCCUCGACCCAGAGCAACCAGAUGUCAAUGGCGCCGCCCGCGCGGCCGAACCCGACGCCAAGAAAGCCAAACAAUAA